AUGGUCGCCUUUGCCUGCCACCUUGCAACCUUGUUCACGUCUCUACAUGCCUAUCUUGCUCUCUUCUUCUCUGUCUUCUUCUUCCUUAAUCCCUCAGUGAAUUCAAUUCAUUUCCAGCUAAAUCGCUUUGAUCCCAGUGCAACCGACAUAGUUUGUGAAGGGGAUGCAAUACCUUCUGUUGGAGAGAUUGAGUUUAACAAAGUCAAUUACAUAAACCGGGUAGGCUGGGCCGUCUAUGCUCAGAGGGUCCGCAUCUGGGACUUGGGGACCAAAAAGCUCACCGACUUCACCACCCAUUACUCAUUCAUAAUCGAGACACAAGGUAGGGAAAAUUACGGCCAUGGACUCGUCUUCUUCCUCGCGCCUCUUGAUUUCGACAUCCCACCCAACUCAGCCGGUGGCUUCCUGGGCUUGUUCAACACCACCACUAGCGAUUCACCCAAGAACCAGAUAGUUACGGUUGGGUUUGAUUCAUUUGGGAAUACUGGAUGGGAUCCUUCGUAUGAACAUGUUGGGAUCAACAACAAUUCGAUAUCUUCUGCUGUGACCACUCCUUGGAACGCUAGCCUUCACAGCGGGGACACAGCCAACGUUUGGAUCACCUACAACGCAAGCACUCAAAAUCUCAGCGUGUUCUGGUCCUAUGAUGCAACUCCAACACCUCCCGUAAAUUCUAGUCUUUCUUACCGGAUUGACCUCAGGGAGGCUGUAUCCGAGUGGGUGAAGGUUGGAUUUUCAGCUGCUACGGGUCAGUACGUAGAGCGACAUAGGCUGAAGUCAUGGGAGUUCAAUUCAACACUAGAUACACCAGAGGCAAGUGGGAAUAUUACUAAAAGAAACAAAGGGAGAAAGGAGUACAUAACAGAGGUGAAGAUUAUCAGCCGAUUAAGGCACCGAAAUUUGGUGCAGCUCGUGGGUUGGUGCCACGAGCGCGGGGAGUUUCUUCUAGUCUAUGAGUUCAUGCCAAACGGAAGCCUCGAUAACCACCUCUUCAGUAAGAAUAGGAGUCCUCUCACUUGGAUUGUGAGGUACAAGAUAGCUCUUGGUUUAGCCUCUGCUUUGCUCUAUCUCCACGAAGAGUGGGAGCAAUGUGUGGUACACCGGGACAUUAAGUCCAGCAACGUAAUGCUAGAUUCGAGCUUCAACGUCAAGCUUGGAGACUUCGGGUUAGCUCGGUUCAUGGACCACGAAGUAGGUCCUCAAACAACUGGCCUAGCUGGGACUUUUGGGUACAUGGCGCCGGAAUAUAUUCGCACACGCAGGGCAAGUAAAGAGUCGGACGUUUUUAGCUUCGGGGUGGUGGCGCUAGAGAUUGCUACAGGGCGAAAAUCAUUGGAUCCACUGGAAGGGGAUUCUCAAAUUGGGUUGGUGGAGUGGGUAUGGGAUCUGUAUGGAAAAGAACAGCUACAGUCGUGUGUGGAUGAGAGGCUCCACACGAACUUUGAUGCCAAACAAGUGGAGUGCUUGAUGAUUGUCGGGCUGUGGUGUGCCCACCCAGACCGGAGCUUGAGGCCGUCGAUAAGGCAAGCAAUGCAUGUACUCAAUUUUGAGGCGGCGAUGCCGAGUCUUCCCACAAAGAUGCCUGUGCCGGUGUACCAUGCGCCGAGUGCAUCAACUAGUUCUGGUGAGCCAUCAAUAACCUAUACGAGCAUUGAAAUGGCGCGUUGA